AUCAAAUUGGACAAGUUGAUUAAGACUCUUUGGAGGUUAUGGAUACAACGACGAGCACAAGGGGAGGCCCAUGCUCGUCCUCCAACCACCAACCAAUNGUCUUUCCUCUUGUCCAGCCAAAGUUCCUAAUGAAAAUAUUAUCUAACAUGAGUUGCUUCUACAAGGUGCCUUCUUUUGCGCACCAAGUUGCAAAACAUCAUGAAAAAACAAAAUUAAAUUCAAAAUUAAUUGACUUAUAACGGUUUGACCAUAAUGGUGUGUUAUCCAUUGCAAUAGGUAUAUAGUCAGUAGAUUAUAAUAUACUUCCCACUAGCAAAAAAAAAAAAAAAAGGUAUAUAG